UACGUCAUCUUUUGACAAUGACAUUGACAUACCUCGUUGUGGAUUUAAAAUCAAAUUUUCCGGAAAUUGUUGAUUAUUAUUAAAUGAAAUUAUGUUUGUUUAAUUAUUUUUCGUUAAGAACAAAAAGAUAUAUAUUUACAAAAUGUGGCAAUUAAUACAUAAUCCGUCAUGCCACUUAAUGCGGCAAAGAUUACUCACAUCCAAAACUAAUGUACACUUAACGAAUUUGAUCAAAAAUAAGCCUUCGGACGUGGUAAAACGAUUCAUAUCUGAAGUCAAGUCACCAUCGGAAAAAAGUGCAAAGUCUGGAUUGUUACUUCUAUGUUCUCCGUGGAAAUUGUGUGCUGGUGUUAGUUUAGGUCUUGGGGCUCGGUAUUUCCUAGAUAAUGGCUCGGCUUACUGUAAAGCGGCACAUCAUUCGAGAGUUGUACAGAGACGUCCGAAUUUACAAGAGGAUAGUGCAAAGUUCGAUUGGGAAAAGUUACUGCAUUACUUGAAACCUCAUAAGUGGUUGUUAAUCGCUGCUGUUGCUUCAGCAUUAGCAGUGGCAUUUCUGAAUGUAUACAUACCAGCGAUGUUGGGUGUGGUUGUCAAUGUAUUGGCCGGCAUGCGGAACAGCACUGGAGUAGACUUCAUCGAGGAAAUAAAGAUGCCAGCAAUGAAACUGAUAUCAUUGUAUAUUGGACAGGCACUAUUUACAUUUUUCUACAUCCAUCUUUUGUCACAAGUGGGCGAGCAAGUAGCGGCUCAGAUGAAACAAGAUCUAUUUAUAUCAAUCCUGAAACAGGACAUGGCAUUCUUUGAUCAGGAGCGAACAGGAGAACUUGUUAACAGGCUAACAGUAGAUGUUCAAGAUUUCAAAAGCUCUUUCAAACAAACCAUUGCAGGUGGUUUAAGAGCAAUGACACAGGUAGUAGGUUCAGCCGUUAGUCUCCUGGUGAUCUCGCCUCAUCUGACCGGUCUCACAAUGAUUUGCAUUCCGUCCGUAGUGAUAGGUGGCACAUUCAUUGGAUCUUUGCUAAGAAAAUUAUCACGAGAAGCCCAGGCACAGAUAGAAAAAUCGACCCUAGUAGCGGAAGAAGCGAUAUCGAACAUGCGUACGGUGCGCGCGUUCGCGGGCGAGCAGUCGGAGGCGGAGCUGUUCGCGGGCGAGUGCCGCGCCGCCGCCGCGCUCAGCAUGGAGCUGGGACUCGGCAUCGGGCUGUUCCAGGCCGGCACCAACCUCUUCCUCAACGGCAUGGUGCUAGGCACGAUGUUCCUCGGCGGUCAUUUGAUGUCGACGGGUCAAAUGACGGCCGGUGACGUCAUGGCGUUCUUAGUCAACGCGCAGACGGUGCAGCGCUCUGUCGCCCAACUGUCUCUCUUAUUCGGUGCUGUUGUUAAGGGAAUUAGUGCUGGUGGAAGGGUGUUUGAGUAUAUCAAUAAGGAACCAAAAAUGGACACUUCUGGGAAGAAGAUAUUAAAAUACCACGAGUUCCAUGGAGACAUUGAGUUCAAAGAUGUCACGUUUGCAUAUCCCACGCGGCCGGAAGCUAGUGUACUGAAAAACUUCAACUUGUUGAUACCGGCUGGAAAGACUGUGGCUAUUGUUGGUACAUCUGGCAAUGGAAAAUCAACUAUAGCAGCUUUGUUGGAGAGGUUCUACGAUGUCAACUCCGGCCAAGUGACGAUAGAUGGCGUUGAUAUUAGAGAGUUUGACGACAAGUGGCUCCGCGGGCGAGCGUUAGGCCUCAUUAGUCAAGAGCCUGUUCUAUUCGCUACCACAGUGAAAGAGAAUAUUAGAUACGGCAAGCAAGAUGCUACCGAUGCUGAGGUGAUGCAAGCGGCCAUUACAGCGAAUGCGCACGAGUUCAUACAAUCCUUCCCUGAAGGGUACAACACUAUGGUGGGAGAGAGAGGCAUGGCGCUGAGCGGCGGACAGAAACAAAGGAUAGCAAUAGCUAGAGCUAUAUUGAAGAAUCCUCCUAUAAUAAUACUGGAUGAAGCGACUAGUGCCUUAGACUCAGCCAGUGAGAAAGUGGUGCAGAAAGCGUUGGAGACGGCAGCCAAGGGACGCACAGUGCUGGUGAUCGCCCACAGGCUGUCCACCAUCAUGAACGCUGAUCUCAUCGUCGUGCUCAACAAGGGGAAGAUUGUUGAGAUGGGAACCCACGACCAACUGAAGAAACAAAAAGGCUUCUACUGGAACCUUAUCAAGCAACAGGAUCAAGAUGCGGAAUCCAGAUGAUUGUAGACGCGAAUCAACGUAGUACAAUUUGUAGAAAAAUUAGAUGUAAGGGUAAUUGAAAAACGACACUAUUAUGUUUUAAUUAAAGCCUAUUUUACCAUGACGCGUCACGUCAGUUUUUAUUGACGUAAUAAUACGUCUAAAGAUUAUGAAACUUAGUAAAUUGCGUUAUGUUUGAAAACUUACUGUGAUCAAUGAUGGCAGAUAGUACUCGUGGCAUUUUAAAUGUAGAGUCCAGGGUUCGAUUAAGGUUGGGUAGUUCCUGGGAUUAAAAAAAUUAAUUGGUGUGGUAAUGCUGUGUUGGUUUAAUUGUUUGCCUACCUAGUAAUGCAAUAGGCGUGAUAGUAAUAUUAUUUUAUAUAGUGCAAAUUUAUAUUAUCUGCCAACUUAUGCAUAAACCUGCAGUUAGACUGUCAGUUUUGCUUGACAUUCAUAUUAGUACAAUAUCGAGGCUUUAAAACAUUUUGACAUAGAAAUAACUGCAUCAAAUACAUUUUUUUAAGUAAUUUGUUUUAAAAUUCCACCUGUCACUGCCUAUUUAAUUCCAUAUUUGUGUUAUUAAUGAGUUCAAGUUUGAUAAAUAGUAUAUUUGGGUUUCUUUGUUUUUUGUAAAUGUUUACUGUAUUGUCUAACCAAAACGUUCUUAUAUUAUAUUUAUAUAUAGAACGGAUGUAGACGUCCCUUUAUAUUUACUUUAAAUUUGCAUUUUUAAACCAAUCUCUAAUGGCAAAGAAAAUUAUUAUUUCUGUUACAUAUCGACGGGCGAAAGGCUAAUUGACUCAAUCGACAUUUUUUUGCAACACUAGUUUCAUAUAUAUUCAAAAUCGGCAACAUUUUUUUUUUACAUAUAAUAUAUUUAAUUUUUGAAAAAAAAAGGUCGCUUAAGUCAUCUUAGCCUUUCAGACGUCGAUAUAAAAGAACAUUUGGGUUAUUCAAACCAAAUAUGGCACCAAACUGACCGUUGGGUUUGAAGUUGGAUUGUUGUCUGUGGAAGCACCAUAGUUUGUUAGUUUUUAAGAGUAACUAUUUAUUUAUUUCAAUUUAUACUUAAUUUUUCACGGUUUUAUCUUCGUUAAUAUUUGUGGCCGUUUUAUGAUUUUUAAAAAUGUUGUCUAUGGCAGUUUUGUCGAUUGAGGUUAAUUCAAAAAGCGAUGUUGAUUCUGAAGGGUUUUAUUUGACCUAAUACGUACUGGCGUAAAAACACAUGUAGUUUUUGUACCGAGAAGCAACAGUAGUGGUCUAUUGAAAAAACAUUUAUGUAAAUUUAAAUUAAAUUGCUUUCUAUUAAUUACUUAUUUAAUACUGGGUUUUGUGGCUUUGUCUGUAUACAUACUUUCUUUAAUUAACUUUGCCCACAUGAAAGACAUUAUAAUUAUUUAUUGACCUUUUAAUGACAUAAGCUGUCUAACGUUAUGAGAAAUAGCCUAAAAGGUGGAAAAAAUGAACAAAGAUUGGAAUCAAUAAUAUUUGUUAAAUAAUUUUACUUUUUAUAGAAGUAUGUUACCUACGUCUUUCACGGCGAACCUCGAAUGAAAUUGUUAAUUAUAAAAAUAAAAUGGCCACUUUUUAAAACAAUGUUCGUAAUUAUUAUGAAAUCAUAUUUGUUGAGCUUGGUGAUAAUAAAAUAUU